GUGAGGCAGCACUUGAGGUCCCGGGCGUGAGCGAGCGUCUGUGUAGUUGCGCCCAUGGCGUCCGGGGGAGCUGAGCCGGGCGCCGGCAGGUGCAGCGGCUCUUCCCCAUCCAGCGCCCAGGGCUGCCGGGAGGACAAAGCGGCCGAGCAUGCGGGCUCCGGCCUCCCGCGGAACGUGCUCAGCGAGAGGGAGCGCAGGAAGCGGAUCUCCGUGAGCUGCGAGCGCCUGCGGGCCCUGCUGCCCCGCUUUGAUGGCCGGCGGGAGGACAUGGCCUCGGUCCUGGAGAUGUCGGUGCAGUUCCUGCGGCUGGUGGCCGGACAGGAGCGGCCCGCCGCCCUCACUCUGUCCAAGGAAGCGUGGCACAAGUGGCAGAGGGACAUCUUGCAGCUGGGCCUGUCAAGUCCGACCUCAGCAGGUGCACCGGAUCCCGGGCUGGCACCGCCGGGCGUGACUGGGCCCCAGGCUGCUCCUCGCCGUGCGACCCUGGGUAUGGCCGAGGCCCCGCUGGGGGCAGCCGAGGUGCUGGACGGGCCACCAGGCCUCCCCGAGCCUUGCAGCCUGGUGGCCCGGCCCUCAGACCCGAGUUCCUCCAAGGCCCUGAGGUCGCCUCCACCCUGGCCUCCCCACUCCUGGCAGCCACCCCCUUCUCUGGGGAGUGAAGAGGCUCAGAGCUGCCAGGGCCAGGCUGGGUCCCCGAUGGAGGGGGCCGACUCGGUCAUGACGCUGGACACCAGUUCUGCGUCUGGAGGCGACGUGGGAGACGGGACGUCCUUCCUGCUGAGCGCCGGUCCCGACUGGUGGCUGGGUUCUCUGGAGGGCAGAGGCGCCGCUGUCCCCUCCCGGAGCACAGUCAGGAGCAGCCUGCUGGACAGGGCGGAGCCGAGCUUCCUGGCAGACGCCGGGCCCGGCUCCCAGGGGCUCCCGGACGGCCCCCCGGAGCCCUGGGGCCCGGAGGCAGGCUGCCCCGGCCUGGCCCUGCGGGACGAGGUGGACAGUAUCUUCCCCGACUUCUUCCCCUGCUAGGUGGCCCCCGCCGGCUUGCGGGGUGGCUGUGCUCGGCUCGGGCGAGGCCAGCGGAGCAUUAAAGGCAGCGCGCCUUCCUAA